AUGGGCGUCCUUCAGCGAGUUCUUUCGGCGGGGCUCAUUCCCCUUAUCGCCCUUCUUGCUCUGCAACUGUUCUCUCCGGGAACUCUAAGUGGCCUGGUAGUGCCGACCGCGUUGGCUCGAUCAGAAACCCCCCUCAUCAUUUCUGCCAUCACGCACUGGUCCCACUUCGAGAAGAUUGCGAAAGUCGCUGUCAUCCUAGCACAGCUUGGAUACCCGAUCACCCUCAUUACUGGUCGUAUCCUCCAAAAAGAAGCCUCCAGCCUACACCCAAACAUCACUUACUACCCCCAACUUGGGCAACCGGAUAAGCUUUCUGAGGAAGAUUACAAGACAUUCGCAUCGUUUCCACCAGGCAGUGAGGAGGCUCAAGUUUCCAUACAGAAAGCUGUACUUGUAGAUGGCAUGCCAAACAUGCACGAAACUCUUCAAAACGUCUUCAAAGGAUUUAGGGACCGGUUCGGAAACAGCAAGCCCUUGAUUUCGUUCUACGAUCUGCCAAUCCUCGGCCAUUUGCCAAUUCUCCUCGGCGCCCCUGGCAUCAAACCAGAUGUCACCUUUGCAAUUAGCUGUCAUCCACUGUCCAUAAAUUCGAACGAUACGUAUCCUUUCCAUAUCAACAAGCUUCCCGAAACCGGACCAGAUGCAAAGGCUAUCCAUCGGAAAGCGUACCAGGAUCUCCACCAGGACUACCGAACUCGGGAGAUGGAUUUAUACAUGUGGGCGAAGUUUCGCGAACUGGGUGUCGUACAAGACAAUCUCCCCUCAAUGCAUCAAGCGAUGGGCGGGUCACCAGACCAUCUCAUGACUAUGGGCGUCCCGGACUUUGAAUUUCCAAGAAGUGAUCUGAGAAAAAAUGCUCACUACUUUGGUGCCUUGAGAGAUUCAAAACAGUCUGAUAAGAAACCGGAGCUUCCAGCCUGGUGGGUUGAAGUGGAGGAAGCGAAGAGCAAAGGCAGAAAGGUCGUGGCUAUUAGCCAGGGAACUCUUGAGACCCAAUGGGACGAUCUCCUUUUCCCAACGCUGGAGGCCCUCAAGGAUCGAGAUGACAUCCUAGUCAUCGUUAGUACUGUCGUUGUAGAGCCUGAAGACGUACCCGGCCUUAACCUUCCUGCCAACGCUCGAGCAGCGAAAUUCGUACCCUACAGUCUUCUCUUACCGUUUGUCGAUGUACUGGUCAACAACGGCGGCUACGGUGCUGUAAUGACAGCCCUGGACCUCGGCAUCCCGGUGGUUGUGGCGGGCGAUGGCCAAGAUAAGGUUAUAACCAACAAUGUUGUCCACGUGACAGGAGUGGGCAUCAAUCUAGGUAACAGGACGCCAGGUGUUGAGAAGAUCAGAGAGGGUGUGAGCAAGGUGCUAGAGGAUGUAGGUUAUAAGUGGAGGGUAGUGGAGAUGAGUAAGAAAUUCAAGAAGUAUGAUGUAGGUAGCGUAUUCGAUGCAGUCAUCCAAAGGGUUGUGGGAGAAUGGGCGCUUGGAAAGGGAAAGGGAGUGUGA